CGUUCAUUUGCUGGUGACACUGGGAGAGAUUAAAUUGCGUGUCUGGUGCAAUCUUUCCAUUAAACCUCCUCUUGUUGUUUCAUUGGCGCUGCAAGUGUUUGAUAUUAUUUGUAAAGAUGUUCGAGGCUCGCUUAGUACAGGGUAGCAUCCUGAAGAAGGUGCUGGAGGCUUUAAAGGAUCUGAUCACCGAGGCUUGUUGGGACAUCAGCUCGACCGGCAUCAGUCUGCAAUCCAUGGAUAGUUCGCAUGUCUCCCUGGUGCAGCUCACCCUCCGCAGCGACGGGUUCGAUACAUACCGUUGCGACAGGAACCUAUCCAUGGGGGUAAAUCUCAGCAGCAUGUCCAAAAUCCUCAAAUGUGCUGGCAACGAGGAUAUCAUCACCCUGAGAGCAGAGGACAACGCAGACACACUGGCGCUGGUGUUCGAAUCACAGAAUCAGGAGAAAGUGUCAGAUUAUGAGAUGAAGCUGAUGGACUUGGACGUUGAGCAGCUUGGAAUUCCAGAGCAGGAGUACAGCUGUGUGGUGAAAAUGCCAUCUGGUGAAUUUGCCCGGAUCUGCCGAGACCUGAGCCAGAUCGGUGACGCCGUUGUGAUCUCCUGCGCCAAGGACGGCGUGAAGUUCUCUGCCAGCGGCGAACUGGGAACAGGCAACGUUAAGCUGUCACAGACCAGCAACGUAGAUAAAGAGGAGGAGGCGGUGGGCAUCGAGAUGAACGAGCCUGUGCAGCUGACCUUUGCCCUGCGGUACCUGAACUUCUUCACGAAAGCAACUCCUCUCUCGCCAACAGUCACGCUCAGCAUGUCGGCAGACAUCCCCCUAGUGGUGGAGUACAAAAUUGCAGACAUGGGGCACAUCAAGUAUUACUUGGCACCCAAGAUCGAAGAUGAAGAGACUUCCUAAAAUAGGAGCUUCGAUGAUGAUUGACCAUCAGACGGACGUGCUUGUCAUGCAGUCAUUGGAGAUAACUGAAGAUUCUGUGGGUGAAGUUCACUGGCUUUGCUUUGGUGACCUACUCCUUUACAAAUGUCUUGUUCCUGUACUGGCGCUUUUGUAGAUAUUUUCUGUAAAUAUGGUAUCCAACAUUUCACUUUGUUAUAAAGAGGGUUCAAUGAAAAGGAGUGAAAUAAAAUGUUUCAGUGGA